UGUAGUUUGUCCUUUCCCGCGCACCAUCGCUAGCCAACAUAGGAAAAUGGCUUCAGCUGAUUCCCAGCCGCGGUUCGGACAGUCUGUCAAAGGCUUGUUAUCCGAUAAAGUGGGCUCCUGCAGCGGGGAUGUUAUCGCGUUGACACGUCAAGUGCUAAAAGGAUCCCGCAGUCAGGAGCUUCUCGGUCAAGCAGCAAGAAGCAUGGUGAUUCAGGAGGAUGCUAUCCUGCACUCUGAGGACAGCCUGAGAAAAAUGUCCAUUAUCACCACACAUUUACAGUACCAGCAGGAGGCCAUUCAGAAGAAUGUGGAGCACUCGAAAAACCUGCAGGACCAGCUGAGACACCUGUUGAAGUAACGGAGAGGACAUGCUGUGUUUACACGGUCUGCAGACGGCGUCUCAGGACACUGUUGGACUUUUAGUUCAAACGAGAUAACAUUUGAAGGGAGGCGCGUCUCUGCGUCAGUGAACCACCGUGGGAUACUUGACAUAAAUGUUGUGUUCAUUAAAGUCACAUCAAACAGCACACAUGCUUCUGUCAUACUGGACUAUAUGUACACCUGUGGGACGGCUGUGUGACAAUAACAUCAAAGACCUGAAUAAAAGUACUAAAUGAGCUGGUCCAUUGUCUUGCAUUAAGGAGAAACAUGACGCUGAGCUGCUCCUGUGACCGGCCAGCGCGUCACCGAGUGGGUGGGAGAUACUUUUCAGCAUCUCCUCAUCUUGGACAACAUCCACCUCUUCAACAGCACCUUUAGAGAGUCCGGCUCCACACCCACAGCAUCACCUGCUUUGUGGAUCAGUGCAUUGAGUGUGCUGGCAUCUGCGACCCUCAACCUGCUGCUCCAGCAUGUCACAGCAUCCAGGACGCACUGGCCUCAACAGGGUGUCACCCUACACAUGUUAAAGGACCUCAGCUGGUCCACAGUCGUUUGCUUUAUCAGGUUGAGCUGCAGAUGAUUCUGCUUGCACCGCAGAACGCAGCGCUCGUACAAAAUAGUCAAAAUCGAAUAAAAGGCUGAAGUGAAGCCAAGUCAUCGGGACCUGCAGUCACCUGCAGCUUCAGCACUUUUGUGCCCGUUCUUGAACAGGAAGGGAUAUUUGUGGCCACGUUUUCAUCUGAUAGGAUAUUAAACUAAAGUUUAAACGUAGUGUUUUAUCCACAUACCAGGCUGUAGUCUGGCAACCUCAACGGAACAAAAUGAAAUUAUGGGCAAAGCCUUUAUCAAAAACAGUCCUCAGAUUUGAGGGACGUUUUUCUCUUACGCUGGCUCUUCAUCAUCCCUGACUGAUGACACGGAGCAAAAGGACAAAUUUAUCAGCAGCUGAAGGCCAAACAGCUUCUUAGCCCUGCCGGUGUCCCUGUAGCCGUGUUCCUGAGUUCACACGUGUUCAACAAGACUUCAAGGCUGCUGAGGAGGCGAAAUCCAAGGCUAGGCACGUAGCGGGGCCAUCAGUACAGUCUGUGUGCAGGUUGUUGCAAAACUACAGAAACUGUUUGUGGUGUGAUGCUGUGGUCCGGAGUGUAACCGGCCUCUCGCUGUGAGGGAGCUGGGACAGGCUCCAGCAUCCCCGCCACUCUAAGCAGAAGAAUAUAAAACACCAAUAAUAAUAAGAACGACUGAUCAUUUCAGCUGCUGUUACAAAAGAAUUUCCCUGAAAGAUCAUGUGCUCACAGUAAAUCAACUUAGGUCGUACCAUUUUAUUCAAGCAUUCAAAGGUCUUCCUUCUACAAGUCUUAUUCACUCCAGCUCUGAGUAUCUCACCCCGGGGGCCUCAGUAUCAUCGUGACCUUCUCUAGUACAUUCUGUCAGAUGUCUGUAACGAGCUCAGGCCAACAGGACGUCCUGUGGGAACCGUCCCCACAGCCUCAAUGCUGUUAUCAGCUCGAGACUUCAGUGUCGUUACUGGUUCCAGACAAUCACAAGGUUGUCUGAGUUUCACACACUCUCAUAGUUCAUGUAUAGUUCUGUGAAAAUACAGUUUGCACUUUUCCAUAGCAACAGCUUGAUUUGUGUUUCGGUCAUUAUUAUUCACCAUCAACAACAGACCACACAUCCACCAUCAUGCAAUCUCUCCAGCGUGUCCUGGGUCGGCCCCGGGGCCUCCAGCACAGAUGUGUAUAUACUGCUGCACAGCUGUUUUAGGGGGUUUAUGUUUUUCUGGAGGUGUGGUCCUUGAUCAGCUGCAAAACAGCCCGUUUCAGUUUAAGCUUUGUUUUUAAUAAAUGCUUGAAAAAA